CCGCCUCCGCGGGCAAUAAAAUGACUCGCCGGACUCCAACGGUCAAAGGAAAUGUCCGGGAGCUCCAACCACUACUGUUCCUUACUGAAGCUCUGCUUCGACACCCGCAAUAAAAACCAAGCCAAGAAGCUUCAUUGUCUCAUCGUCAAGAGCUUGACCAUCCCCGAGACCAUCCUAUCCAACACCCUCGUCAAUGCCUACGCCAAAGUCGGCAAUCUAAAGUACGCACGCCGUGUGUUCGACCAUAUUCCGGAACGGAACCUCUUCUCCUGGAAUACCCUCCUUUCUGCUUAUGCCAAAUCGGGGGAUAUGACCAGGACGCGACAGGUAUUUGAAUCGAUGCCAAACAGGGAUGGAGUGUCGUGGAACUGUCUCAUUUCAGGGUAUGCGAACAGUGGGUUGGUGAUUGAGUCGGUGAAGGCCUAUAAUGAGAUGUUGAGAGGUGGGAUCGCGAAUUUGAACAGGAUCACCCUCUCGACGAUGCUCAUAUUGUCUUCGAGUAAGAAUCGUGUGGAUUUGGGCCGGCAGAUACACUGCCAUGUGAUAAAGUUCGGAUUUUGGGAGUAUGUGUUCGUGGGUAGCCCUUUGGUGGACAUGUACUCGAAAGCAGGAUUGAUUCACGAUGCAAAGAGGGUUUUUGAUGGCAUUCCUGAAAAGAACAUAGUCAUGUAUAACACAGUGAUGACAGGGCUUUUGAGAUGUGGGAUGGUCGAGGAGUCCGAGCACAUAUUUUGUGGAAUGAAGGAAAGAGAUUCGAUCUCAUGGACAACGAUGAUUACGGGAUAUAUCCAGAAUGGUUUAGAAAGAGAAGCUAUCGACUGGUUCAGAAAGAUGAGUUUUGAAGGCUUGGCAAUUGAUCAGUUUACGUUUGGGAGUGUGCUAACUGCUUGCGGGAGUCUGGUGGCUUUGGAAGAAGGGAGGCAAAUCCACGGAUAUGCAAUCAGGACUGAUCACACCGACAUUAUCUUCGUAGGUAGUGCUCUUGUUGACAUGUACUGCAAGUGUAAAAGGAUCACAUAUGCUGAACAGGUAUUCAGAAGAAUGACCAUUAAGAACGUUAUAUCAUGGACAGCAAUGCUUGUGGGGUAUGGUCAGAAUGGGUUGAGUGAGGAUGCUGUCAAGGUUUUCUGUGAUAUGCAGAAAGAUGGCAUUGAGCCGGAUGAGUUCACACUUGGGAGUGUGAUUAGCUCGUGCGCGAACCUAGCAAGCAUAGAAGAGGGUGCACAGUUUCAUUGUAGAGCCUUGACUUCUGGUUUUAUUUCAUUUUUGACAGUUUCAAAUGCUCUCAUCACCUUGUAUGGUAAAUGCGGAAGCAUAGAGGACUCUGAUCGGCUGUUCAAUGAUAUGAGUAUCAGGGAUGAGGUUUCCUGGACAGCACUUGUGUCAUGUUAUGCUCAGUUUGGCAAAGCUAAGGAGACCAUAGAUUUGUUUGGGAAGAUGCUGGCCCAGGGAUUGAAACCAGAUGCUGUCACUUUCAUUGGCGUUCUUUCAGCAUGCAGUAGAGCAGGAUUAGUUGAGAAAGGACAAAUAUAUUUUGAAUUGAUGGUCGAAGAUUAUAGAAUUACGCCGAUUGCUGAUCACUAUACUUGCAUGAUUGAUCUUUUUAGCCGAUCAGGAAGGUUGGAAGAAGCCAAAAAUUUUAUACACAACAUGCCCUUCCCUCCUGAUGCAAUUGGUUGGGCCCAGCUGCUGAGCUCAUGCAGACUUCACGGUAAUAUGGAAAUUGGGAAAUGGGCAGCUGAUUCACUAUUAGAAUUAGAGCCACAGAACCCAGCGAGCUAUGUGUUGCUCACAAAUAUCUAUGCAGCAAGAGGGAAAUGGGAAUUUGUGGCCCAAUUAAGGCAGGGUAUGAAAGAGAGAUCAAUAAAAAAGGAACCAGGAUGUAGUUGGAUUAAGUAUAAGAACAGAGUACAUAUCUUUUCAGCUGAUGAUCAAUCGAGCCGUCAUUCAGAACUUAUAACUGCUGAGCUGGACAAGUUGACUGCUAGAAUUAUAGAGGAGGGUUAUGUGCCAGACAUGAGUCCAGUUCUCCAUGACGUUGAGGAGUCAGAGAAACUGAAGAUGCUCAAUCGCCACAGUGAAAGGCUUGCAAUUGCUUUCGGAUUAAUAUAUAUUCCUUCAGGCCUCCCAAUACGCAUUUUCAAGAAUCUUAGAGUUUGUGGAGAUUGCCACAAUGCAACAAAAUACUUUUCUAAAGUCACUCAGAGAGAAAUAAUCGUGAGAGAUGCGGUUCGUUUCCAUCUUUUCAGAGAUGGAACAUGUUCAUGUGGAGAUUUCUGGUGAUAUCUUCUUGGUGUGAUAUUUGUUCGAGGGAUAAGACUACCUUUCAGGUUACGAUUAGGGACAGAGAUUUUGUUUUACAUGGA